UUCCUCUCCAGACUGAGUGGCUGUAACCUCUCAGAGAGAAGCUGUGAAGCUCUGUCCUCAGUUCUCAGCUCCCAGUCCUCCAGUCUGAGACACCUGGACCUGAGUGACAACAACCUGCAGGAUUCAGGAGUGAAGCUUCUUUCUGUUGGACUGCAGAGUCCACACUGUACUCUGGAAACUCUCAGACUGAGUGGCUGUAACCUCUCAGAGAGAAGCUGUGAAGCUCUGUCCUCAGUUCUCAGCUCCCAGUCCUCCAGUCUGAGACACCUGGACCUGAGUAACAACAACCUGCCUAGGGACGACAGAUGGAAAUUAGCCGUGGGCUACAAUCUGGCAUAUUUACAUUUCCUCUCCAGACUGAGUGGCUGUAACCUCUCAGAGAGAAGCUGUGAAGCUCUGUCCUCAGUUCUCAGCUCCCAGUCCUCCAGUCUGAGACACCUGGACCUGAGUGACAACAACCUGCAGGAUUCAGGAGUGAAGCUUCUUUCUGUUGGACUGCAGAGUCCACACUGUACUCUGGAAACUCUCAGACUGAGUGGCUGUAACCUCUCAGAGAGAAGCUGUGAAGCUCUGUCCUCAGUUCUCAGCUCCCAGUCCUCCAGUCUGAGACACCUGGACCUGAGUAACAACAACCUGCAGGAUUCAGGAGUGAAGCUUCUUUCUGUUGGACUGGAGAGUCCACACUGCACUCUGGAAACUCUCAGGGUGGAGCCUGGUGGAGUCCGAUGGUUGAGACCAGGUGUGAGGAAGUAUUCCUGUGAACUCACCAUCGACACAAACACAACCAGUCAGGAGCGUUCUUACAAUCACCGGCACGCAUGCACCUGCUUAGUGGUGGAGCGCACAAUUAGAGUGCUGAAGGUUUUCAAAUGGCAUGGCCUUGCUCUGGUGUCGAUGGGUAAGAAAAGGACCAGAGGUCUGUCCGGUGACUAUUGA